UGAGUUCAGGUUUGCAAGGUCCUCUCUUGCAGAAGACAGCCUGAAGGAAAGAGGGUGAAAGAAGAGGGGGCACAGUCCUGGGGUUAUGUCCGAGGGCUGCUACCAACACCACCACAGGCCAAAGAGAAAGCACCUAGUCCAAAGAACCACAGAGAAGGUCUUGUGCAAGAGUGACGUUGUUUUAAGGAGCGAUGCCAUCCUGAAGGUACCAGGCCCAGUUUACCAGCUCAGCAACCUCUCCCAAUGCCCUGAGGCUGUUGCCCCCUCAUUAAACUCUCUGUCUGUUGGCCUGAAAAAGCAAACAUUAGCCAGCUUGCAUUAGCCACUUAUUAUUUACCUGCACUUUUUAGAAAGCGUAUAGUCGGCUAUCAUUUCUAACCACUACCCCUCACUCACACAAAUGACUGUCACCUACAGGUAAGGGCUCAGUGUAUACCUGCAACAUCCAUUAGGCUUUUCUGACAUCCCAAUUUAACUAGAAGCAAUUCACCCUUUUCCUGGGAAAGGAUUCAUUUUUCAUAAUGCAUCGUGCUCAAGUAAGGAUGAACCUGGCCAAAAGUGGGGAGUCAGCCCCUGAGCAAUCUGUCUCAUCAUCUCGAAGCUUCGGAAGGCCUCUGACAUCUCCCCCAAGCCCUGGCUUGUCCCCAAGACAUGUUAAGGUGACUCCGGAGACUGGGCAGCCGCAGCCCUCACAGCCCCAGUUUAUACGUAAGCUUAAGAACGCUGCCGUAGGCACGGGCUGUGACAUUCGCCUAAAGGUGGCAGUGUCCGGGUAUCCCUUGCCAAGUCUAAACUGGUACAAAAAUCAGGAACCUCUUAAUCCUGAUGGAGACGAAUACGGGACACUGUGUAUCAGGGACACUAAGAUGGAGGACGCUGGAGUAUACACCUGUGUGGCUCAUAAUACUUCGGGAGAAUCCACCACUAGCGCAGUACUCGCCAUCAUCGACUUAGAAGACUCUGAGCCGGGGGAGGAAGAUGCAGGCGGUCCGCAGUUACAGCGCACAAUACGGGCACCGAACAACACACCUCUGGGAACUCCGUCCGGGGAUUCAGACACUCUCCUAGCCAGCUCCCUGCACACCACUCCCAGCACUCUGACGGGACUCUCCCAGACGGACGAGCUCUCUGAUUGGUCAGGGAGCCAGCAGACGGUAGUAGAGAGGGACCUGAGAAGCUCAAGGCAAGCCACUACUCAGGGUGGAGUGGCUCGCCACCUUGGGGUGGAGCCUCUCAUCCCUGCAACAAGCAAGGAUCUGCCUGGCAGUGUCUGGGGGUCAGAGGUCAGCCUUUCAGGGUUCAGCGACCUCUAUAGCAGCGCCUUCAGCCUUUACCGGGGUAGAUCUUGUGCCAUCCGGGUCUUUUUGCCAGAGGGUGGCUUGAGGAGGGGGAGUAUCAAUGGCAGUAUCCCAGACUCUCCCCAGCCACAUCUUAACCAGAAACCUCCCAUCCUACCUCCUCCCUCUCCACGCCUUGGCCAACGUCCAGCGGCCAUCGUUAUACCUGGACGUGGACCAUCGACCCCACUAACACCAAGAAAGAAAACAGUGAUGCCUUCACAGUACCAAGACACAGUCUCUGAAGAGUUUGAAGAGAAGGUUAAAAGGCCAAAGUCAUCUGCUGGUUCUCAAGUCAGUGGGCAAGAUUCUCGCCCAGUUACUCCAGUCAGUGACACUUCAGGACGAAUGUCCAUCCUACGUGCAUCACCUAAGCUAGUCCGUUCAGGUUCCAAGAUCUUUGAAAGAUUACGUACUGUUGAAGAAAGGAGAAAAAGCUUGGAUCAGACUGACAGUCCAUUCCUAGUGCAGUCUUGGUUGCCUAUACGGAAGGCAAGGUCCUUUGACCAACCUGGGGCUGAUGGCCUGGCUGGCAGUUUAGCAUCAUCCAGUGAAGAGCUAAGGGAUGAUCUGAGAGAUGGCGUGAGGUCAGAAGUGGGAGGGUACACCUUGAGAUAUCCUUCAUUAAGACAUAAGACGGCCUCGCUUGAUGAUAGAGGUGCUUUUUCAGGACGCCUUAGUGACAUCGAAUCCCGUUUUUCACAGGAGCUGUUGCGCAUCAAGAAGACUGUUUCUCAACAACAACUCCUUCGAUCAUCACAGGAUCUGUCCCGUAGAUCACCAUCUCCACAGAGAUCAUUGACUGUCCAACAAGUACCAAAGGACCCAAUGCCAACACAGGUUUCUCCAGUCACUAAGACUCUUACAGUUGAGGAUAAAAAGCCAGCAACUUUGGUCACCACACGAAAGCCAUUUGUAAGAAGCAGUGCUACAUCCAACCAGGUUGCAGACGUCCCAGAACGUCAGAAAGUCACAAGUCAACCAGCUCCAUUUACAGAAAAACCAUCAAAUGGUUCUGCUGUCCAUCAUGACAUCCUAAAGCAAACAGAGACCAGAUUCACAUCACAACCACUAACAGACAGAAUUAUUACUCCCAAACCAGUGACUCUUCAUAUGUUACCACAAAAGGAGAAUAUCUCAGCUUUACAUGUGAAGAAAUCACCUGAGCCUGGAAGAGAACUUACUCACACCAGCACACAGGCUCCACCAGCUUUGGAGAUAGCACAUAGAGGAAUAGGCCAUACAAAGGGACCUUUGGCGGUUGAGACAAGGUUCCUCCCUUGGGCUCAACCUCCAGUGGACAAUGAAAAAAAUCAAGGGAAGGGUGGGGGGCAGACCAAAAAGCACAGUGACGCCAAAAGCAGCAAAAACACCCGGAGUAAAGGGAAAAGUCGUCGGAACCGACCUAUGUCUCCAGAACUAGAAUCGUCAGAUGAUUCAUAUGUCUCAGCGGGAGAAGAUCCCCUGGAGGCCCCUGUGUUUGAUAUUCCCCUGCAAAGCGCCCUUGUUAAUGCCGGAGCUGAGGUGCUGCUGAAAUGUGUCAUAUCCGCAAACCCAAGCCCAGAAGUGUCAUGGAGGAAAGAUCGCAUCCUACUGAAAAACAGCCCAACGCACCAGAUCCGUACAGAGGGUGAGAGGCACACGCUGCUUCUCCGCUGGGCCUUGCCAUCCGACUCUGGUAUUUAUACAGUGACUGCUCGAAACGAGGUGGGAGAAGCCAGCAGCUGUGGAGCCCUGACGGUCCGACCAGCACCUUCCAAAGAAUCCCCUGCCACCCGUGGAACUCCGCGUGACCUAGUGAGCCCCAUCACAUCUGAUGAUGAAUAUCUGAGUCCCCAGGAAGAUCUAAGUGAACCUACAACCCCCCAGCACAAGAUGGCAGGCAAAGCACCCACUCAGCACACAGUGACUUUCAAGGCACCCCCAUCCUUUAAGGUGCCACUACAGGACAAGUGGAUACUGGAGGGCCAGGAUGUCACACUCAGUGUCCAAGUUCUUGGGGAACCUAAACCUAUUAUCAACUGGCUGAAAAACAGGCAGCAGGUGAAAGCUGUCGGACGAUAUCGCAUAAAAGAGAGAGACGGGGGCUUUUUCUCACUCCACAUUACAGGGGCUGAAAAGCGAGAUUCGGGAUAUUACACGUGCAAAGCAAUAAACGAGUAUGGAACCAAGCAAUGUGAAUCUAAGCUAGAAAUACAAGCUCCCUCUGGAAGUUCCAGUCUCGAAGUGGUCACCCCGUUGCGCGAUGUGAGUGUGUGCGCUGGGGAGGCAGCUGUGUUUGAAUGUGUGGUGACUGGACCACCUGAUCUCGACGUGGAUUGGAUGUUCCGUGGAAAACUGCUACAGCCGGCACUGCUAGACUGUAAGAUGCGUUUCAACGGGAAGCAGUGCAUCCUUCUGCUAAACUCUGUCCAUGAGGAUGACAGCGGUGUCUACACGUGUAAACUGAGCGCAGCAAGAGAUGAGCUGACAUGCAGUGCGAUGAUGACUGUACGCCCUUCACUGGCGCCUCUGUUUACUCGGAAGAUGUCAGAUCGAGAAGCGGUGGAAGGCCGCAGUGCCAGGCUGGAUUGUAAAAUCAGUGGCACCCCACCUCCUGUAGUGUCCUGGUCCCACUAUGGUCGCCCAAUUGAGGAGUCGGAGGCAGUCCAUAUUGUGAAGGAAAGGGGUCACCACACGUUACUCUUCACUCAGGUGGCCUUUGAAGAUGAGGGACAGUACACAGUGACAGCUGUCAACCAGCAUGGGAAGGCUGAGUGCUCUGCAGAGCUUUACGUAGAGGCCCCACGUCUUGCAGCUUCCUCUCACAUUUCCAAGCUGGAGAAGAUGCCCUCCAUCCCAGAGGAACCUGAGGUCCAGGAGAGUGAAGUGGAGGGAGUUGUGAUGCCGGAUUUCCUACGGCCCUUGCAGGACCUGGAUGUGGUAGAGUCUCGCGAAGUUCAGUUGGAGUGCCAGGUGACUGGAAUGCCGUAUCCCACAAUCACCUGGUACCACAACGGGCAGAAGAUUGAGAGCUCGGAGGAUCGCAGGAUGACUCAAUUUAAGGACAUUCACCGUCUGAUGUUCCCUUCGGUCAGCCAUUCCCAUGCUGGUGUUUAUAAAAGUGUUAUUUCAAACAAGGUGGGGAAGGCAGCCUGUUACGCUCACCUGUAUGUCACAGACGUGGUACCCAACCCUCCAGACGGCCCACCUGUCAUCACUUCUGUCACUGGAAAGAUCGUUAAACUGAGAUGGAACCCUCCGAAAAGACUGGAUCCUGCGAUAGACCCGUCUCAGAUCACAUACUCAUUACAGCAGCAGGUUCUGGGAUCUCCCCAAUGGACGGUCAUAGCCGGCAAUCUGAAGGACACCAGUUACAUCAUCAAAUCCCUGACUGUAGGACACACGUAUCUGUUCCGGGUUGUCACAUGCACGUCAAACGCACACAGCAAGCCAUCACCAAGCAGUCAGAGUGUGAGUCUGCUCGACAGAGGUCCCUACCUACAGGAGGCUCCCAUAAUUAUUGAUCGCUCUGAACUCUUGUACCUGGUGGAGAAUCAGCCCCUGUGUGUGACCGUUACCCUUAAUCACGUAGAGGCUGCAGUCACCUGGCAGAGAGGUGGUACGGUUCUGCGCGAUAUCGAUGGCGUGUGCGAGACUACUAUGCCAGAUGAUCACCAGCACUCUCUCACACUACUCAAUCCGAAAAAGUCUGACAUUGGCCAAUUGGUAUUUGAAGCCAGGAACCGUUACGGAUCCGAUCAUUGCACCAUCUCCAUCGAGAUGGCAGAACCUCCUCGCUUUGAGUCGAUCAUGGAAGACAUAGAGAUUGGCACUGGAGAGACGGCGCGUUUUGUGGUGGUUGUGGAGGGAAAGCCCAUUCCAGACAUCAUGUGGUACAAGGAUGGAGAGCUGUUGGCUGAGAGUGGACAUUUCAGCUUUGUGUACGAUGACGCAGAAUGCUCCCUUGUGAUCCUUAAUACCGCACCUGGAGACUCUGGCGUCUUCACCUGCACCGCGCGCAAUGUGGCGGGAGAAAUAUCCUGCAAAGCUGAACUGCAGGUUUACGCAGAGGAUCGAGGGGCUGGGUCGUCCGUGGAUGAAUCCAGCAAACUGAAAGUUCGUGGAUUGAGUGAUUACUACAAUAUCCUCAAGGAGAUCGGGAGAGGCUCUUUUUCAUAUGUACGUCACGUGAUAGAGAAGAACACGGGCAAUGAAUUUGCAGCCAAAUUGAUUUCUUGUCCUGGUGAAGCAAAGGAAAACGCACGCAAAGAAGGAAAGAUUCUGUCUCAGAUCAGCCACGAGAGGUUCACACGCUUCCAUGAGGCAUUUGAGAAGAAGAAUGCUCUCAUCAUCAUCUUGGAACUCUGUUCCCAAGAGGAACUUCUCGACAGAGUGACCAGAAAAUCUACAGUCUGUGAGUCAGAGAUCCGUUUAUUUGUGCGUCAGAUUCUUGAGGGUUUGCGUUAUCUCCACCAGCAAAGCAUCCUCCAUCUAGACAUAAAGCCAGAAAACAUUCUUAUGGCCGAUUCAAACAGCGAUAACAUUCGGAUCUGUGAUUUUGGAAACGCCCAGGAGAUCACACCGCUGGAACCUCAAUACUGCAAAUAUGGGACCCCUGAAUUUGUGUCACCUGAGAUUGUGAACCAGAUGCCUGUCGGGCCAGUUACAGACAUAUGGCCAGUCGGGGUCCUGACAUAUUUAUGCCUUACAGGAGUGUCUCCCUUUGUUGGUGAGAACGAUUACACCACCCUGAUGAACAUUCGCAGCUAUACAGUGGCAUUUGAGGAGAAGAUGUUUGCAGAUUUGACACGUGAAGCCAGGGGAUUCCUGAUAAAAGUCUUGGGCAAUGAGAAGCUGAGACCCAAUUCAGAAGAGAGUUUGGAACAUCCAUGGUUCAAGACAUUGGCAAAAAGCAAAAGUUUCUCCACAGAUCACAUGAAAUUAUUCCAAUCUCGUCGCAAAUGGCAGCGCUCACUUAUCAGUUACAAAUCCAAUAUGGUGAUGAGGUCCAUUCCAGAGCUUCUACAGGACAAAACCAACCACUUAUCCAUUGCCGUACCCAGGCAUCCAAAGGAGUCAUCUGGCCUUUCAUCCUCUUCAGAUUCUGAUGAUCUGGAAGAACUUCCUUUUGUCCCAAAGCCCUUUCAAGUCCAGUUCUCUGGCUCUCGUAUGUCCCUCAAUGAAAUUCCCACAGAUGAGGAACUACCACCACUGACUGCAGAAGAUGGCAUCAUUCUAGAAGAGGAAGAUCUAGAGGAGAAACUUUCAGAAGCAAUCAGCAAUAUCGCAGAACCGGAAAUCCAGCAAAAGGAUGCUGCAGGGUCAUUGCCUAAACAUGCUAAAGUCAUUACAAGGAAGCGGUCAAGUGAUGUUGAAAGUUCCUCUUCUUCUGACGAAGACAUCUCAGAAAGUCAAAGAAAGCAGCAGCAUAAACCAAAGUCUCUUAAAAAGGGAUCCAGUUUGGAUUCUUCAGAAUCUCCUGAUGGAGAACUUGCAGUUGCACGCCGAGGUGAACUGAGAAGGGGAAGCUCUGCAGACAGUGCCCUUUUGCUAAAUGUUUCCACAGAGGAUGGAGAAGGAAAAGAUCGACUAGACAAGGGCAUGACUAAAGCAGCCUCUAUGGAACUACCUACCCGAAGUCGGAGUCCAGGAAGGCUAGAAGAGAGGGGGUCAUUGCGCCGAAAGUUAGGGUCAGCUGAUGAAGAGUAUGCUCAGAGACUAGAGAUGAUGAGACAAAGGUUAUUAAGGGGGGGCUCUGCAGAUAAUAAACUCAGUGGACUUAGAGGACCCUUGAUGGAAACACUCUCUGUUGACAAAAAACGAGCAGAGCAGCUAUCUGGGCGUACUCAGAAACCAGACAAAAUGCCUUCCUCACCAACUCUUAUUCCUACAAUUAAACUGACCCGUGCUGCAUCAAGUGAGGCUGCCCCAGGCAGAGAAACAACAGAAGAAAAAGUCUUAAGAAAAACCAGUUCAUUUUCACAUGGAGACACAGAACCACUUGUAAUGCAUCGGAGGUCAGGAGCACCGCUGGAAAUCCCUGUUGCUCAAAUGGAGGCACAGCGUCUUAAAGAAUCUCCUUCUCUAUCAGCCUUGACUGAUCAGUCACGAUUGGAGUCCCGUCCUGAAACUCCACGUGAAACAACUCCAAAAUCAGUGACUCCUGAGCCAAGUCAAUCAAAGGAAGAAACUGGGGAAUCAGAAGCCCAGAUUUCCCAGGGAACUGACAGAUCUACUGCACCUUCCCCUCAGGUAAUUACUGAAAAGGAGGUUUACCCAGCAAAAGACUUGGAAAUCGGACUUCCGAAAAUGACACCAGUCAUGGAGGAUGUAGUUCCAAAGAAUGAAAUACCAGGUAUCCAAUCAGAUAAAGCACAUGGUAAAUCACCACGAGUUGACCAGAUAUUGAGCAAACCAGAUGUUGUUGCAAAGGCAACACCACUUAGGGAGCCUUUACCAAAGGAUCUUCAACCAACACCAAAGAAUGAUCCUUUACCAAUUCCAAUGCUAUCAAAAGAGCUUCCUGCAUCCAAAAUAAAGCAGCCCUCCCCAAAACCAGUACAGACAAGCAAGACACAAGAAGAACUAUUGUCUGUUCCAAUUGAGAAUACAAAGUCUUUGGCAGCACAAUCCAUUGUGUGUCCACCUGCAUCGUUACAUGUAAAAGAUAUUUCAUCGGGGCCAGGGCAAAGAAAAGCCUCUUUACCAGGACCCGUGCAAGUAAAAGUUACAUCAGCAGAACCAAAAAAAGGAAAAGGGCUGUUACCAGAAUCACUACAAGCAAAACGACCUUCACUGGGAUCAGUGAAGGUAACAGAGUCCUUACCAGUAUCAGUGGAAGUAAAAGGGCCUUCACCAGGAACAAUACCAACAAAAGGCUACUCAUCAGUUGCAGUCCCUGUUACUUCCUCUCUUUCUGCAAAGGUUAAAGAGCCCCCAUUUACGGCAACGAGAGCUCCAUCUACAAAAUUGAAACCAGUGAGAGAAUCACCAUCUUCACCUGAACCUCAAUCAGUUAUUAAUGCAGCCGCAGCUUCACCUUAUGCUGAGAUGAUACAAUCUCUACAAAUACCAGAUUUACAGGAAGGUCUUGAAGAAACUGAGAAAUCUACAAAAAGUUCAAAAAACACCUCAUCACCUCAUUUGAGUUUACAGGAAACAUCUUUCGUCUCUACGGACAAGCCCGAUUUACCCUCUGCUACCAAUGUGGCUUCAAAAGUGACCAAGAAAGUGGAAAUAACAGAGCCCAAAAGUAAGCUUGAGAAGACCUCAAGAGCUCCCAGCACAGAAAAUGUCCCCUUAAUAAGCAACAUUGAUUCAGAAGAGGUCUUCGAAGCAAAAUUUAAGAGGAACAGAGAGUCUUCUCUGACUAAGGGACUGAAGAUUCUCACAAGGACCUGGUCUGAAGAGAAGAAUUUAGCAACUGCACAAACAUCCAGAGAAGAAGAAAUGUACCGGCCUAGUCCAGUGGGUGUACCACUUGAAUUUCUUGUUCCUGCAGCUCUUGGUUUAGAUGAUAGAUCUAGAUCUGUGCAGGAUCUAGCAUCUGCAGAAAGAGACCCAAGCUUCAUGAGAAGACUCUCUUUGCGUUUUAAGAGAAGUCCAACAACAGAAAGGAAACAGAAACCUGCAGAAGAGACUAAUGGUGGGGGUAGUGGUGGCAGCAGGCGUCUUUCUUGGAGUAUAGGACGAGGAAGCUCUAAAGAAAAGAAAGAUACUGAAAGCUUGAAGUCAGAGACAGGGUCAAUUGAGGCAAUCACAGAGUCUUAUGUUAAAGAACAGAAGAAGGCUAGUGAAUCGCCUGUAUUGGCCAUUAGAAAGAAGAUUGGCAACACUAUGGACCGUCUGUCUAUGAAGCUGAGAAGUCAGUCAGAGGAAAGAAGAGAGCUUGACCGAUCAGAAAGGAAAGAGGAUAGGCCAGAAAAACGGACACCUCUGAUGUCAUUGCUCAGGAGAUCCACCUCAGAAGGAGAGAACUUGCGACAAAUUGGAAUACCCCAAAACCAGCUUGCCUCUCAAUCUGGAUCUGCACCUUCUACAGAAUCAAUCGAAUCUGGAUUUAGCGUCCAAUCAGAAAUGGUUAAGGAUGAAAGGAGAUCAAGGUGGGAUCGAUGGGGACUGUCUCGCAGUAAGAAGGAGAAGAUGACCUCCCAGCCGAGUAUUCCAGCCAGUCUCAUGCGAGAGGAUGGUAGUAUAGUGGGCAGACAAUAUAUCCGCAAUGAAUCAGACUUCCAUCCAGUUUUCCACAUCAAACUGAAAGACAUGGUGGUUUUAGAGGGGGAUUCGGUGUCUUUGUCUUGCCUUACUGCUGGCAGCCCAGAACCACGUAUUCUGUGGAAGAAAGAUAAAAUCGUCAUAGAGUCAGGUGAGAAGGUCACUAUAAAGUCUUCUCAGGAAGGACGCCAGGUCCUCACUAUCUCUUCAGCAGGACAGAGAGAAGCAGGGCUCUAUGAAUGCGUGGCCGCCAACGCGUUGGGAAGCGCUAUCAGUUCCUGCGCCUUAGCUGUUGCACGUAUCCCUGGCCCACCUGGUACCCCAGAGAUCCCCCAGAAGUAUAAGGAUACUGUUCUAGUUCUGUGGAAGGCUUCAGACCAUAGCUCCCCCUGCACUUACAUCUUGGAGGCACUGAUGAAUGGGAAAGGAGAUUGGAAGGUGAUGAGCUCUGGAAUCACAGAUUGCUACUUUAAUGUCACUGAGCUCCCACCAGGUUCUGUGAGUUUCCGUGUGGCUUGUGUCAAUAAAGCUGGUCAGGGAUCCUACAGCCACAAGUCCAAAAGCAUUCUCAUAGAGGGAGAUGGGAACAAGCCUGCAGCAACAUUUAUCCCAAAAACAAGACCUUCGGUGCCUACAGUUACAGCUUUUGGACCAGUGGCUCCCUUUGGAACAUCUUCUUCAGCACUUCCUACCUCUACAGUAAUCUCCACUUCCAACCUGCCACCAUCAGUUGGGUCUGCUCCUGCAGUUUCCACAUCUACUACAACAAUCUCAACAAAUACAUCUCCAUUACAACUUCCAGCUAAAGGACCCCCACCGCCAACGCCUCCAAGAAGACACAGAGGUUUUCUAUCCACUCCUCCUGUUGCCCACAGGCCAACUUUUAGCAAAGCUGAACCUACAUCACAAGUUUUGCCUGUUAACAAACUUCAGCCCUCUGAGGUUUCUUUGGCUGGGGCUGCAGGUUCUCAUGUUACUACAGUAACAAUGGCUGUGACUCCUGGACUUCCUGUGUCCAAUUUACGGGUUCCACCACCUCCUCCUGUGCAGCAAUUGAAACCUGAUUCAGAACUGGCUGGUAAAAUGGCCCCCACCUCCAGCAUGCUACAAGUUAAAUCUCCCACUCCACCACCAGAGCCACCGCAAAAAAAUUCCCCUGUACCAUUUGAGCCCAAGGUUAAAACAUUUGCAGCCCAUCCUUCCGCAAAAUCUCUUGUGCCAUCAACUCAACCUUCUAUUAUCUCUAGAGAGCAACGGAUACCACCACCAGUUCCCGCAAAGCCUUCUGUUCCAAUUAUACUGCACAUUCCCCCUUUCAAAUCCUCAACUAGUCCUACACCAAUAAGCCCCACUUCUAAAACCUUACCGUCUUUCCCAUCUCCUCCCACCAGCCCUAUGUAUAAGCCUUCAUCUCCUACCUCCCCGGCUUACAUGGUCACCUCUUUUGUAUCUAUACCACCUUCUACACCUACAACAGAAACUGCUCCUCUUGAGCCCACUGCCCUAGUAGCUCAGACUGUCCCUACACGCAUUCUAGUGAAGAGUGUCACCCCUAGUAGAGAUUCAAGAUUGACCCCUGGAGGAAGAGUCACACCUUCUGGCAGAGAGAGCGCCCUCCGACAAGGGGUACCACAAAAACCUUACACCUUCUUGGAUGAAAAGGCACGGGGUAGAUAUGGAGUGAUUCGGGAGUGUAAGGAAAAUGCCACUGGAAACAACUUUAUGGCUAAGAUUAUUCCAUACGAGACAGAGAACAAGCAGAGUGUUCUUCAGGAGUACGAAGUUCUAAAGUGUCUUCAUCAUCAGAGAAUCCUGAGUCUACAUGAGGCUUACAUCACCCCUCGCUACCUUGUUCUUAUUUCUGAGCAUUGCACUGGUCGGGAGCUCCUCUACUGCCUGGUAGAAAGGUUCCGUUAUUCUGAAGAUGAUGUAGUGAAUUACCUCCUGCAAAUCCUACAAGGCUUGGAAUACCUGCACGAACAGAAGAUUCUUCACCUCGACAUCAAACCAGAGAAUAUAAUGGUGUCUUACAUGAACACUGUGAAAAUCAUUGACUUCGGGAGCGCUCAGACGUUCAACCCACUAGUACUGCGCCAGCUUGGAAAACGCGUGGGAACCCUGGAAUAUAUGGCUCCUGAGAUGGUUAAAGGGGAUCCUAUUGGGCCUGCUGCUGAUAUUUGGGGUAUCGGAGUUUUAACCUACAUUAUGCUGAGUGGUCGCUCUCCUUUCUUUGAACUGGAUCCUGCGGAAACUGAGACGAAGAUCCUUUCAGGCCGAUUUGACAUUUUUAAGCUUUAUUCCAACGCCUCUCAGAGUGCUUCCCUUUUCAUACGCAAACUUCUGUCCAUAUAUCCUUGGAGCCGACCUUCCCUUCAUGAGUGUUUCUCCAACCCCUGGCUUCAAGAUGCCUACCUGAUGAAGCUACGACGCCAAACCCUUACGUUCACCACAAACCGGCUAAAAGAGUACUUGGUAGAACAGCAAAGAAGACGCAAUGAGACUGCUACCAAGCACAAAGUCCUACUUCGCUCCUACCACGGCACCCAGCCUCAAUCUUCUGUCACCCAGUGACCUUGGAGAGGGGACUUUGAGAAUAAAUACAGCGGUAAUGGAGCCGCAGGUGCAUUCCACUGGAUUCUGUAGGACCCUUAGAGGUCUCAGGCAGUGCAGACAGUCUAGCGAAAGGAGAUGCUAAUAUCCUGCCUGUUUUCUAUAGGGACCUCUUAGAGUGUCUAAGUCAAAAUGUGUAAAAAGAGAGUAGCCGGUGAAACCGAGGAGGUGGAAGCAGGAGGAAAAGGGUGCAUGAUGCAUGAGACAAGAUCCCCACUCUCAUAUUUUGGAGAGACUCGGUUCCAUCCCUUGCCAUCGAUUGCAGUUUAGAAUAUUGUCUGGAACCAGUUCUGCUGCUGUUAAGUGCUGAAGGGCUUUAUGCUGACAACUUUUUUUUAUAAUAUUUUAUUUAUUUAAUGCCCUUAGUUUACAUCAGUUCUAUACUCCCAGGAACUGGUUAACCAUUGCUUAAUGGAUAAAUCACAGCAAGCGGUCUUAACCCAUUCGAUGUGGCUUUAUUACUUUAACGUAUCUAGAUAGUGAACCAUAGCUAGCCAUCUGGUUACAUUCACGAGUGGAAUCUGCUAUAAUUACUUGACCUUGUUACGGCUAUCGUUACUUUGUCGUGGCUACAUAUAACUCUAAGAUAUUGAUCUCUAGAACACAAAAUACUCCACAAAAGGGCUUACUGACUCAAGGCAAAACAUGAUCCAUGUUACUGCCCCCAGAAUAACAAAAAAGGAUAAGUUAUAUUGCAUUAUAACACAGAUUUAAUGAAUGCGAACAUCCCAGGAGGACAUAAAGAGAUGGACAGAGCUCCAGGAUAACCAAAAGUCUAUACAAGCUAUAAUGCCAGACUGUUGAAAUGCCAGGCUUGUUUUCAUUGUUGCUAUGGUAACAAGAAAUGAAAUAAUUAAAUUUUAUUAUAAGCACAUAAGAAAGAGAGGGUUUAAAGGGUUUGGAAGCAGAGCUAGAGUUCUGGAGUGUGCCAGUUAUUUCAUUCACAGAUGUCAUAUUGAAAGUACAUUACUGAGGAAUGAAAAAUGCCCAGAAUAGGCAAAUUAUCAAAUAUAUGGAGUAUGUAGGGGUAAUGUAUAAACUGCUAAAUGUUGAGCAAUCACCAUGGAAACAAAUGGAAUGUGUUCUUUUAUUGCUACAGUAAGCCAGAAUUGUCCAUAAUACAUACACCCAUGGUGUUCCAAGAAGGAGUAAGAAUUCAUUAGUCAUUAACCUGGUCCCUGAUAAUCCCCAUUUAGUUACUUACUCCCUUCCAUGUUGCUCACCUUUUUAAACCUUAUGGGGAUCGGGGGAUAAAUGUUCAGAAAUAACCUGGUUUCUAAACACAAUUGGUGCUUAGCAGGCAUUGCUUGACUUACUUACACCCAGCAGCCUCUCGUGGACCUGCCAUUUAAGCUCUGCCCAAAGGGUGAAUCUAUUGUAAAAUCCAGGAGCCAGAUAUUUAGGAAGUCCUCAUCUUCUGCUCCCAGUCUCUUUAGAUGACCAAAAAUAAACAGUACACCUUAUGGACAAGGCUGGAGAGCUAAUGAUCACAUACAAUAAUGAUAAUAUCAAAGCAUUUUACAUAAUAGAAACUUUCAGUUUCUCGUUAAACAUAUUUAAAGGUGGCCUUGUAUUUAAAUGGUGUUAUCACCCAUCUCAGUGAUAAUUAAAUGUUUAUUUUGGGAAGUCCCUUACCAGGCUACUAUUUGAGAACAUCCACAGGAUGCAAAUUGCUAGUCCACAUUCAUUUUCACACAUUUGAACUAUUUCCCAGUUCUUGGGUAUUUACAAACAUAUGGUGUUGGAUAGAUCCUACCCAGAUACUUACCUUGAACCAUAGAACGCUCUUAACUAGAGUCCAGGAAUCACAUCUAGUGUCCUAUACUUAUCACUGUUAAAUAAAAUCAGCCCGGCAAUUUGUGUUCUGUAGUAAUGAUGCCAGUGAGCCACACUGGCACCAAUCAUACCUUCAUGUUUGUACCCUGAAUGUUCCAGCCACUAACACAUAAUGAAUAAGGGUAACGAAGGGACGUGCAGAUAGAUGGCCACACUCUGAAGUCCGAAUGUCACUAAGAAAGACUAAACGGAAGUUUAUACAUGCCUGACAUAGUUGUAGAGACCGAGAGGAAAGGCUUCCAGCAUGUUUGUACAAGUGAAACAUUGAUUCAAGGAUAGGAGAUGCUAUGGGGUCUGAUUUUGUUUGGCAUGUAAGCCAAGCCUAAGCCAUAGGCACUAAUACUCUCAGCUGCUAUAAGCCAGGUACUAAUAGGUUGAAUCUGUUGUAUCCAAUGAUAGACAGGGGGGUUCUGCAGAUCCAGAGGAGAAAGGGCUAUGAGGGGGUUAGUUCUCGGGGGCUCGAGAUACCUUGAAGGCUGUCCUCACUGAGUUUGUAUAUUUGUAAGGGAGGUAUUCUGCCUCCAACUGCUCUGACUUGAACUGAUUAUUUAUUUACUCAUUAUGAAAAGAUUUUUCUUUUAUUUAUUAGGAUUUGUGUUGUUUUUUCUGAGUUUGUCAUUAUUUUUCCCUUUUUUUUUUCUUUUUUGGUGUGGAAAAUUUAUGCUUAUAAAAAAUAAAGAUGAUGAGGACGCACGAACGCCA